ACUUGGCCCAGCAUGGCCAUGGCCACUCCCUCAUCCAGCACAGGGACAGAGGGGCUAGAUGACCACUGCACCCUCGGGAGAGGCCAGAGCUGGCAGCGUCCCCACCCAUGGUGACAGCAGCCCCACGGACACUUCGACAGUGGGGUUCCAGAGUCAGGUCCCCCUCCUUGCCGAUGUCCCAGCAGCUAACAGGGCCACUAUAUCACCUGAACAACAGGAUGUAGAUCAGGCCUCCAUUGAGCAAGUCUCCUCCAAGCCCUCAUCAGCAUCUGGGGACAAGGACAAGCAUGAAGAUGCUGUAGGGGACAGGCAGGAGCCCAAGGAGGCCAGGGCCCUGCUUGGCGACCAGGCCUCAAACAAUCCACAAAUGCCCACGAGCCCCCAGGACCCAGCAUGGGAUGGACAGGUGCAAAAUGUGAGUAUGGCUUCAAGUCCUCAGACCUUCCAACACGACUCCCUGGUGAAAGAAGAGACCCCACAAAUAUCAGGGGUCCCGGACAGUGACCGAGAACUAGCUCCAGCUCCAGCAGGUACUAAAGCAGAGCUCCCUGGAAAGCUGCAUGGCCAGCCCGCCAUGAGCCCCGCACACUCGGGGGGUCAGGCGGACACUGAGACCAUCAGCCGCACCACCACCACCAAAGGAGGGGCUCUUGCGGAGGAAUCUCAGGGUCUGGAGACCUUGAACCCUGACACCGAAGCUUCGACUACAUCUGAGUCCCAGGAAGUGACUGAGGGGGAUUUGGUGGACGGCUCAGAGUAUCUGCAGGAUCAGCAGCUGCCGUCCAUGCCAGGAGGUAGUGCCCCGCCCUCGCCUGGCCCCCAUGAGGUGGCCCCAGGGAGGAGGUCCCUGGAUGCCAGCCUUUACAUGGCCGAUGAGGAGAACAGCUACAUGCGCUCCAUGACCAGCUUGCUGGGUGGAGGUGAGGCGUCCAUCAGCUCCCUGGCAGACAUCCUAGUGUGGUCCGAGACCACCGUGGGCAUGGCCACGGCCAUCCUGGCUUCCGGCCACAGCUCUGUGACAGACAUGCUGCAGAGCACCGGGCCCAGCCUGCGCUCAGUCUCCAGCAUCCUGGGGAGCACCUUCUCCUCUGGGCUGAUGACAAGGACUAGCUCGGCCCUGCACUCUGUCACCCACAUGCUGGAGACAGUGGAGCAGAGGACCACAGAGGGCAUCCGCUCGGCCCUGCACUACCUGACCAGCCACCUCGGUCCACGCCAGACCCCCACCAGCCCAAACUCUGACUAGGGACUGCGAAGGGAGCCCUGAGUCCUGGCUCAGCCGCUCCCCAGAUCAGGCAAUAAAUCAAUGGCGAGAGUUUA